CGGGUAACGGCGGCGGUAGUGCGUGAUACGUUCUCGUAUCGGUCGGAGUCGUUCGUCAUUUCGCGGCGUUGAAAAACAGUGUAUCGUAGUAUACGUCGCGGUGUGUGCGUCGCGUCGAGACUCGAGUGUCGUUUUCCGUCUCGUCGGCAUCGCCGCCGUGGGAGAGGGACGAGGAGAAACACAGUGCGGUCCGUCGCGUCGUAAAUCGUCCGCGAUCGCCCCGAGAACUGUUCGAAGCCGGUGUUGUUACGUAGUACCUCAGCGCGGACCUUAUUGCGCGCCUCGCCUCGCCUCGCCUAGUUUCUCCUCCCGUCUCGUCUCGUCUUUCGUUUCGUCGGCCCGUCCGUCCGUCCGCCGUUGCGUCGCCGUCGUCUCGCCGAAACGCGUAAAAGUGCAUGCUACCGUAGGUUGACAGCGGGAUCUGCGCGCCUCACGGCACACGGCGGAGGAUGUUGGAUCGCGACACGGCGAUACAUCUCGUCGCCGGAGGAGUGGCUGGCACGGCAGGAGCAAUAGUAACUUGUCCGCUGGAAGUGGUAAAGACCCGACUGCAGUCGUCGUCUUCCGGCUUUAAUCCGCCGGUGAGCAAAGAAUUCACAUCUGGUCAUCCGACAUGCAAGGGUUCACCGACGCCCGAACAACGCCGGAGGCUAUGCACUGGAUAUCCCAGGUAUUCCAGUCACUUCGUAGCUCUCUCGCAUUUCGGUGUCUCGACCUCACCCCCGGACUCCUCCCGGCACGCGCCGGGUAUCUAUCAGUGCUUAAGGUACAUCAUCAAGAAUGAGGGUGCACGAGGAUUGUUCAAAGGCCUUGGUCCAAAUCUCAUUGGCGUGGCACCUUCCAGAGCUAUCUACUUUUGCGCGUACUCCAAGAGCAAAGUCGCGUUUAACGCGAUUCUACCUCCCGAUACUCCGAUCGUUCACGUCUUCUCCGCGUCCUGCGCUGGUUUCACCGCGUGUACAUUGACAAAUCCGAUUUGGUUUAUAAAAACCAGACUACAGCUGGACCACCGAUCGCAUAAAGUCACAGCGAUAGAAUGCAUGCGGAGGAUAUAUCGACAAUCGGGUAUCCUGGGAUUCUACAAAGGUAUCGUGGCAUCCUAUGUAGGCAUAAGUGAGACUGUGAUACACUUUGUGAUAUAUGAAGCUGUGAAGGCGUGGUUAGCUACACAUAGGUCGCGAGCUUCUCAAACGGACGAUAGAAAGACGUUCCGCGACUUCAUCGAAUUUAUGGCGGCGGGCUCAUUUUCAAAAACGAUAGCGUCAACUAUUGCCUAUCCUCACGAGGUCGCGAGGACCCGGUUGCGGGAAGAGGGCACCAAAUACCGCACAUUCUGGCAGACCUUGAACACGGUGUGGGUGGAGGAGGGUACAAAGGGUCUCUACCGUGGUCUCGGAACUCAGCUGAUCCGGCAGAUUCCGAACACCGCUAUCAUAAUGGCAACGUACGAGGCGGUAGUAUACGUGCUGACCCGACACUUUCGGCCGGUUACGGUGACGACAUCCAGCACCGAUGUGACUUCGGAAUUCUACAACGAGGCUAAAGCGAAGAGAGAGCUGGCCUAGGACUUGCUUACGGCCCCCGAAUAAAGGGCCACCUAUCAACAACCAUUUUCCCUUCUCCAGUAGGCGAAUACCGCACGUACUCGGGGGGACAGCGUCCUAAGAUCCUAAUCGCACGUCUAGGCGCAUCGAGAUCAAGCUGGAAACGCGUUCGAUGCCCUAAUCGUUUGCUCCAGGGGUACUCAAAAAGGUACCAGCUCUUUGGUCGCACUGUGCUCUAAAAGUAUAGCAAAAAGUAGUCCUUCCUCCUUUCAGAUAGCAUGUACAUAUCCAGACACGGACCCGCUGUAUCUCGCAGGGAGAAAAUGAGAGAGGGGUGAGGGAGAGAAAGAGGGGAAUUAAGGAAAGCACAUUUUGUUUUGCGUCGGAUAGACGAAGGCUGAGACGUCGCUUCUCAUUUGCGAAAAAUGUGGACGUGCGUGAAUACCGCUUGUAUUGCGUUAUGAAAUUUAUUCGAGGCAAGAUUUUUCUCUGCUCCAGAAACAAAACUUACUCCAAAUCCAAAACGUGUGAGGCUCGUUGUAAUAGUCACUUUAGGUCUUUGACCUAGGUUUUGAUUGCUGUUCUCUGUUUCACGAUUUGCAAUUUUUCUUUGCAUCUCGCUUCUUUUUCAUUUUUUGUUUAUACAACAUGAAAAGAAAAUAAAAAACAAAACCAGACUUUGAAAUGGAUCCCUAUUUGUUACUUUGCUCGGUGAGAGAGCAGCAAAAACACAAUAGCAAUUUCUGAGUUUGAAUUAUGCCAGGCGUUUUGAUUUUCCAGUUGCUUCAAGUGAAAUGUUUUUGCUACAAAUCGAUUACUUUAACUGGUCCUGGUCGUAAAUAGAAUAUUAUACAUCCACUCCUCUUAAAAGCUUCCACUCUAGGGCUCUAGUAAAAAUCGUAAUUUGCGUUUGUAAAAUUAUGUAAAAUUGUGAUAAGCAUUGUAUUUCGAUAUAUAUUGAAUUUUAUGAAAGAAUUAUUUUUUGUUUUAUAUAUCCCAGAGUUAAAUUUUAAGUGAUAUUAUAUCAGGCUUUAAACAGCAAUAAUGAAAACUAUAGAAACUAUUUUAUUUUGAUAUUAGCAUAUCCAAGAAACGUUACCAGUAAGUUUGUAUAUAUUUGUUAUGCCAACAUUCUGUUACAUUUGAAUUAUGUACGAGGCAAUUUCAAAAUAUUUCCGGAAUUAGGUGAUACAAACUGAUUUGUGACUAAACAAUAAUGCACAUUUGAAUUUCUGCAGAAAUGCGAGCAGAGAUAUUAAUUAUGUUAUCGCAGCAUAUGAUGACAGAGCAAUAAAAAUAAUUUCGAAGCAUUGACAAAAACAAUGUUAUUACUGUUGGUAUUGUAUGUAUGCGACGGCAUAGCUCUUUUUUUGUAAAAUGACUCACAAGAAUACUUUCAAUGACUUUGAAGAAGUGCAUAAUCAUGAGACAAGAAAAGCAGAAAGUGUUUUCUUUAAAGAAAAUAUAGCAUAAUUCUUGAGUAUAAAAUUUUCUUUUGUAGAAAAUGUAGUAUAAAUGACUAAGUAUUUUGUAUUCAGAAAAAUGAAAAAGUUCCAGAAACCUUUGAAACUGCCUUCUACACUUUAUAAAGUUUUAUAAAAAGUUUUCCAAUAAAUUCAAUUUCACUUUAUUACAGCGACAAUUCUGUUUGAUUUGUAUUCUUUAUUCUACCAUAAUUUUACUACAUUUCCUCAUAUGUUUCAAACAACGAUGUUUCAAACGAUUUUGUCAGAUUUCGAUCUUGUAGAUUUCCUCGUCGAUAUUUCGCUAAUGUGCGAUAACACGCGAUUAGUUCUUAACGAACCGAUAUACGUUUUAACUUACUCUUAGAGACAAAAAGCAAAAAUGUUAAUGUUAGAAUAUGUAUCGGAGGAUUAGCGCGCGUUAGGCUGUUCUUAUAGUUUCCUAUUUUAUUUACGUAGAAAAAUAUCGCGACGUUGUGUACAUAUCGAACCGUAGGCUCUAGCUGUCUACAUUUACGGGCGUUCAUAUAUUACAUUAAUCAGUUGUGUAAUCGCAUGAUGUACUACAAUCUUUAGCAAGAGAACUAAAAAAGUAUUACAAGAAAAUGAAAUCACCGUCAAUACACUUGUAUCUCUUACAGAUCAAAUACGCGAAAUAGUUAACGACUCCUCACUAUAUUUGUUUCUUGGACUACCUCGGGAUACCAUAUAUGGCUAUUUUUGGAAAAGUACUAAAAAAGCAGGUUUGUUGACUUUAAAAUUCCUAUAGAGAUUGUUUCAUAAAAGAAAUGUCAAUUUUUUGUUUUUUUCAAACAAAACUGUAACAGUCGUUAAAAAAUAAUUUUCUCAUUUUUAUUUAUAAGUAAUCUUCAAUUUUUGUUCAUCAAAGCAUAAUAAACGAUUAUAGUUUUAAUUUAAAACGUUUCAAUAUUUUAUUACGAUAUCUAUGUUUUCAAAUGCGUGCCAUCUCGUUAUAUGAUGUGUUUUUCUUUCUGCACAAUGGCUAUGUAAUUCUCUAAUAAUGAAGUUUAUUAACAUUUUACGUCAAAUGUUCUAGAAUUAAAUUUUAUAUGUUCAAUAUGUUCCGCACACUUUUAUGAUGUUCAGAAGUAUAUUUAUAUUAUAUAUUUACAUAUUGUUUCUUAGAACCAAUCGUAUACUUAUAACGAUCGGUCCACACUCGAUUUAUGCCAUGGUUCCGAUCAAGAAAAUCGAGAAUGGGAAUACAUGGUUACAUAUGCGUACAUUUCUGGUUAUCUGGUUAUCUGGGGGGAAGCCUUUCUUCAUAUUAUACGUAAAGAAACUGUGAUUUUAUUUUAUUCAUUACCAGUGGAGCUUGGCGCUUAUCAGUACAGCAGGUUGUACAAUGUUCAUAUAGUGUUUAUGUACUUUGUCCUAUAAGUCGUAUAAAUUAGAUUUAGAAGUAAUUAAGAAAAGGUAGAGACUUUUCGGAGGAUAACAAAAAAAAUGUUCACUCGCUUAUCUUUUAGUCAAUUCUGGAUGAUUUUUAAUGAAAAUAUAAUUAUCACCGACAAAAUUAGUACCUACAAGUGAAAGAUGCGCGACAGGCGAGUCUGUCUUUCUCAAAGAUGAAGCCUAAGAGAAACGUCUGAUUGUGAGAGAAAUAUGCGACUUCUAGAACACUGUAUGUGAUUGAUAUGUUAAUUGUUAACAUCUUGUUGAGACUUCUAUGAUAUACCGUUGUCAAUUGUAAAAAUGUAAUGCUCCAGGAAUACAGAUUCUAAGUGCCAGGCUGUUAUUAGUCGUGCAUAGUCAUUUACGCAAGAGUAUCGUGCACCUCUUAAAGGAAUCGCGAAGGUAAAUGAGAACCGAAUGCGUGUGUGCCAAGUGUAAAGCGUGUAUAGAUAUUAGAUAAGGAAUCAUUGGGAUAAGCAAUGAAUUUUUUUAUUGAAGUCAGAGAUGGCGAGCGACGAAAAAUGCAAAGAGAAUGACAGGAGGAGAGAGAGAGAGAGAAAGAGAGAAAUAUUUCGUGUACGAGAAGCGAGUGUUUCGUUAAAGACUGACGUUGUACAAUUACUUAGCGUAGCGUGAGAAAAUCAAUGCGUAUACAAGUAUAUGCAAAGGUCCUGCAAUUGCGCGGAAAUCGCGUUCUCGAAACCGGAAAAAUUAAUUUAAGUUUCAGGAAAUACAUGUAAAAUACCAAGCGCGUCGUUAUUUUUCUAAAUAAAGCAUUUUAUUCGUUUCUCAACUUUUCAUUCGUAUUCGGGUAGGAUAUUGCUGGAACGAGAAUUCAAUGAGAUAUUCGCAGCGACAAACGUUAAUCAAACUUAACAAAGUCUAACAAAAGUCUAACAAGGAGAAAAGCCGUUGCUGAAGUCCGGCUUUCUCCGAAGGAAACGAAGCCUCAUACAUGUAAAAAAUUUAUUGUACAUUUUCAAUUUAUUUUUUUAUGUAGGAUUACCUUCCCGAUUGUAUUAUCGAUCACAGGGUAUCCCGUGUAUGUAUAUAUAAGCUUGCGGUACCCAGUAAGAAAACUGUAAUGGAUAAAUUUAUGUGUACAUAGAUAUCUCAAUAAAGAGUAAAGUAAAAAGUA